GGCUAACAUUAAGAGUUUCAUUUCCGUUUUGUUGGCAACCAGCAGGAUAUGUUUUCCCCUUUGAUCUCCCAGCAAAUCAUAGUUUUGAGAACUUGGAAAGAUGUAAAAUAUCAACCGUAGGGUAAAGUGCCGUUAAAAGUGUAACCAUGACUAUGUUGGCAUUCACCUCGUUCUCAUUCUUAUCAUUGUGUGGGGUCUGCACUGUGUUACAGAUUUUGGCCCAUAGAGCAAGGAAAGAUGAAUCUGUGGGAAACAACCCUCAGUUCCUUAAGUUCCAGAGAACCUACUUUGCUGCCUAUUUGUUGGCCAUGUUUGCUGACUGGUUACAAGGUCCUUAUUUAUACAAAUUGUAUUCAUAUUAUGGGUUCCAGGAACCUCAAAUUGCUGUUCUGUAUGUUUUUGGAUUUGCUGCGUCUGUGAUUUUCGGUACAUGGACUCAUAUAGCAGCGGAUAAUUUUGGUCGCAAGAAAUUGUGUUUAUUUUUCACAGUCAUCUACUCAUUGUCCUGUUUCCUGAAACUUUCUCGAAGUUAUGGUGUUUUGAUAAUUGGACGAAUUCUGGGAGGAUUGGCGACAUCUGUCCUUUUCAGUGCGUUUGAAGCCUGGUAUGUGCAUGAACAUUUAGAAACACACGACUUUCCUAAGGAAUGGAUUUCUGUUACUUUUGCAAAAGCCUCAUUUUGGAAUGGAAUAAUGGCUGUUAUUGCGGGCAUUACAACAAAUGUUGUAUCAGAGUGGUUUGGACUGGGACCAGUUGCACCUUACAUGUUGGCUGUUCCAUUUCUGAUUUUUGCCGGUAUUAUUGUGUUCACUCACUGGAAUGAGAAUAGUGCUGUCACCAAAGUUAAAUUCAGAAAACAAUGUGGAGAAGGUUUCAGAAAAAUUGUUACGGUCGAGGAAAUUUUCAUGAUUGGAGCUGUGGAAUCGCUGUAUGAAAGUGUUAUUUACAUAACAAUUUUCUUAUGGACUCCUAUUUUAGAGCCGGGGAAGCCGUCAUUGGGUCUUGUGUUUUCAAGCUUUAUGAUAAGUAUCUUGAUAGGCCAAGCUUUUUUUCAAAUCACAAUAGCCAAAAAGAAAUUGUCGGUAUCAAUUUUAUUAUUAGCGUCGAUAUUCAUAGCUUUCAUCGCCAAUUUAAUUUUAGUGAUAUCGACAAAUCCUAAACAUCAGAUGUAUGAUUUAUCCUAUGCUGCUUUGAUUCUUUUCCAGGUCGGAGUUGGAUUGUAUUUCCCGUCCAUGGGAUUUCUCCGAAGUCAUAUCAUUCCAGAUACUCAUAGAUGGAGCAUAAUAAACUGGUUCCGUGUUCCGAUCAAUAUCAUUGCUUGCAUCGUUUUGAUGUUGCUUCACGAAGAUGUUUUCCAACAUGGAAACCGAAUGAUCUUCGUCAUCUGUGUUAUUUUACUGUUUUUAGCUAUUUUAAGUGGGUUUAGGUUGCAUACAUUGUCUAAAAAUCAUGAUGGCUUACAACAGGAAGCUGCUUGGCUUGAAACAGAUCAUAUUGUAAACAUAUUUUGAAGUCAAUUUUACUUCAAAGGUGCUGUGUCAAACAACAAAUAUUUCCUGGUCUGGCCUCAAGAACAAAAACUUACAAAUGGGAAAUAUGAAAUAAAAAAUAAUUUUGAAGGAAUAGGCCAUGGGUCUUUGAAGUCUUUCUUUUUCUAUUUUUUUUUUAUUUACUGUUUUUUUUUAUCUAGAAAUACAAAAAUGAAGGCAGUAUGAUAUGUCUGACUCAUGUAUGUAAAAAAUGAGGUGUUUGGUUCUAUAGGUCAAUGAGACAGCAACCCAAUGACUCAAGAAACCAAAAGACAUCUAAAGGUCAACAUACCCUUUCCAAAACUAGAUUGAUAUCUUUACAAUAUGUCAAGCUCUAUAUCCCUGGAGAUUGAUAUCUUUACAUUAUGUCAAGCUCUAUAUCCCUGGAGAUUGAUAUCUUUACAUUAUGUCAAGCUCUAUAUCCCUGGAGUCUGAUAUCUUUACAAUAUGUCGAGCUCUAUAUCCCUGGGGUCUGAUAUCUUUACAAUAUGUCAAACUCUAUAUCCCUGGAGUCUGAUAUCUUUACAAUAUGUUUGAGCUCUAUAUCCCUGGAGUCUGAUAUCUUUUCAAUAUGUCAAGCUCUAUAUCCCUGGAGCCUGAUAUCUUUUCAAUAUGUCAAGCUCUAUAUCGAUGGAGUCUGAAAAUAGCUUGAGCAAGAAAUGAAAAGGUCAAGAGUCAAGGUUCCCAAAAAAUAAAUUGAGAUAAGCAAGAAAAAAAAAGUUUCUGACAAAAUAGAAGAAACAUCACAACAAAACUUCUGACAUACACCUCUUAACCAAAAUUAUGUAAGAAGAGGCUGGGAGAGAAGACUUUUUCAAAGAUAAAUAAUUUGUCAUGGUAAUUAAGUGCUAUUGAUUUACAUGAACAUGUAUGUAAUGAAAGUUAGUUAUAUAUAUGUGAUUAUAUGUCUAAUAAAUUAUGUAUUUCAA